UGCAAAGCGCCAUGAAGUUGCCGCGGAUAGUGAGCGAAUGAAAUUUCUCUUUACCAUGGAUUAUAAUUGAUUUCUCAAGUUGAAUUCUCGAACGCAAGAAGAAUAUAUCUUUCGAAAUUUGGCUAGCCUGGAGCGUCUCUUUUUGUUUACACUAGACUCGUCGACAACUUCACGUUGAUGACAAUCGUCUUAUGCAUAUUGGUAUUAGUUAGUAUGUGUUGAAGAUGCAUUAAAGUUUUCUUGGAACACAAAGUACAUUGUUGAAAACAAAAAUUGAGACAACAUAACAAAAUUAAACAGAGACGCUGAAUGACAAUCUAAAAAAAUGAUGCAAGAAAAGAAUGUUGUUAGUAUGUAUUGAUGAAGAUUUUAGAAGGAAUGGACGCUGAAGUGAAUAAGUUAUGUUUGCAACUCUAUUAAUACAGUUGAUUUGAGAUAAAUUGCCGCAAUCGCAAGAAUCAAAACAAUUAUUACAUAAGAAAGAACAUCAAUUUAUAAAAAUUACGCAACGAUUAAUCUAUUGUUUUGUGUCUGGAGUACUUUUACAUCAAUCCAAAACGUGUAACUGUACUAAUCCCCGAUAUGUUAGCAUCUAGAAAAGUUACGUUAACAUCUAAGAAACCCCAAGAUCAACGCCUAAAAAGUGUGCCUAGAAAGCCAGUAAAGGGUUGUUAUUGUUCCGAGGCGAUCAAGAAGCAUGCAAAAUCAUCGAGAAUUCGGCAUAAACCAGCAUUGCCCUGCCAUUGCCAAAGUAAAUUAGAAAUCAAACCUGUUGAAAAAAUUGGCGACAAAGUGACAUCAACUUUGCCGAUCAGCUGCGAGACGCUUCGAAGAGUUCAGAAAAUCGAUUACGCGCCCAGAUCUCAAUUCCUUCGUAAUGUGCAAAGCAAGAUCUGUGAAUUACACACUGCAGAUAAGGGAAACUCUUUGUGUCCGCGAUCAUCCAGCUACCAUCGAUUUAUGACGAACGCGAGGAUGCAGGAUACCGUCACUGAUGAAAGAACGAUAUUGUCGAGUAAAUGCAUUGGGAGGCAAAAAUCGCCAACAGCGUCUGCAAAUUCAUUGACGAACGAACAAAACGGGCCCGACGAUAUCACCUGCGCUUUGAGUAAAAGAACUCAAGUGUCUCCGCGAAAGUUGUCAAAGUCAACAUUACGAAAGACUAUUAGAUCCAGGAGACAUAUACCAGAGUCAAGCGAAAGAUCCGCGUCAAAAUCACCGAUGCGAGGUAAACGAACAGCGCGGUUAUAUAAGCAAGAUAGUUCUUGUUGCUGCAGAACUGAACUGGAGAAGAAGACUGCGAAGCUGCGCGGUGAUAAGAGUAAAUUACUGGAAUAUUGCGAACGGUGUUUAAGGCACUAUGAUGAUCUUACAGUUGAUGAUUCCAUGGAUCAGGAAGUAGAGAACCUGAAAAAGUUCCGAGAACAAAACUAUUUUGAAACUCAUGGCUCAAGCCACACUUUAACAUCAUCCAGAUCGUCGGGAUCGUUGCGACAAUAUUUGUUGAAUGAGCGAUUGUUUCCGGAGCUGGUAGGCAAAAUUCACAGACAGGAUCUAGUAGUGACGAUGCCGUCGUGCGUAACAACGCAAAGGAAGCGCGUUCAUUACUUUCCCAGAUACAUAGUGCGACAAGAAAAAAGUACCUGCAAUACCAAUUACAGACGUAAACGAUGCCAAAGCUGUCCUCUCACCGGACACGCCAUUGAUCUCGGAAUUCUAAAAGCUAGCCCGCCGUUAAAUAGCUUGGCACUCAAAUACCAGAAAAGAACUUUUUAACUGAAGUAUAUUCUCAAACUUUAAUUUUUAUUAUAGACUUUAGAUAUCUAUAUAGAACAACAUAGGCUUCUUUUAUCUCAAAGAUUUAGUAACGAAAAUUUCAACAUUGAUCAUCUCAACUUUUAUAUAU